GGCUAAUUAGCACGUGACCAUCUCAUUCUUGAGUCUAGGCAAUUGGGCGUUGACUUGGGUAGUACUAGUGGAAAACUACAAAGCGGUGCCAGCUGCUACCAGACUUGCUUAUCCUCCAAAAAAUAAUCAGCUGCUCAUAAUGCACCCUACAGGAUCAUUUGCUGAUAUGGGUGUGGUGCCUGCCCUCGAUGCUGCUCUUGCUCGUAUGUCUAUACGAGCUCCAACAGAAAUCCAAGCUGCUUGUAUCCCUCCCCUUCUUGAAGGGAGAGAUUGUAUAGGAAACGCAAAGACAGGCUCUGGGAAGACCAUAGCAUUUGCAAUCCCAAUCUUGCAGAAGUUAUCUGAGGAUCCAUAUGGGAUAUUCGCGCUAGUACUGACGCCUACCAGGGAACUGGCAUUUCAGAUAUCUGAACAAUUUGCGGUGCUUGGUGCUGCAAUAGGCGUCCGAACAGCUGUCGUUGUCGGUGGCAUGGAUAUGAUGACACAAGCUUUAGAGCUGGGCGGCCUUCCACAUGUUGUAGUAGCCACACCUGGGCGUAUCGUUGACCACUUGCGGAGUAGUAACGGCGAAUGGAAUUUGUCUCGUGUCAAGUUCCUUGUAUUAGAUGAAGCAGAUCGUCUUCUUUCAUCGACGUUUUCCCCCGAACUCAAAGUUUUAUUCGAGACUCUCCCGAGCGAUCGUCAAACUUGUCUUUUUACUGCUACCCUGACACAAGCAAUUGAGUCCUUGAUUGAAGCCCCGCCGAGAUCUGGAAAGGUGAAACCAUUUGUGCAUAGAUCGUUAUCAACGGUUGAGACAGUCACGACGCUAAAGCAAUAUUACAUCCUGGUUCCUUCGCACGUGCGCGAGGCGCAUCUUUACCAUCUACUCUGUAACCCUCCUGAGAGCAUCGCAUCACUCCGGAGGGUAACCCCAGAGCCAAUUAAACCGGGAAAAUCCAGAAGAAAUUUAAAACCCCGAGGAAAAACCAGAACAUCGCAAACACCCGGUCUGGAUGGGGAGGGUAUACCCAUACAACCACCACCUACCAUCAUUUUCUGCACGAAGCCUCGGACAGCAGCUUAUCUCACACAUCUACUUCAAACUUUGUCUAUUCGCAGCACCGCGCUACAUUCAAGAUUGACACAACGGGAACGGUUGACGUCAUUGUCACUUUUUAGGUCCUCUUUCAUCCCAGUUCUUGUAUCGACAGAUGUUGGUGCCCGUGGUUUGGAUAUUGAGGACGUGGCAAUGGUAAUCAACUGGGACCUACCGAAUGAGCCCGAAGAAUACACUCAUCGGGUCGGUAGAACUGCGCGUGCUGGUAAAGGCGGUGUUGCUGUCAGUUUUGUGACCGAAAAGGAUGAGGAGCGGGUGUCACGGAUAGAAGGACGUAUUGGCAUGCAAUUGGAGGCUAUGACCAUGCCAGAAGAUAUGGUUUUGGAAAAAUUGAAUACCGUAUCGACAGCGAAAAGGCUAGCAAAUAUGGAAUUACAUGAUUCAAACUUCGGCCGACGAGAAGAAAUACAUAAACUGAAGUCUAGGAGAAAAGCGGAGGCAUGAUUAGUUGAUCGGCGCGUAGGCGGGUCAAAGUUUGGGAGUCUGGAGCUUCUAAAUAGGAGGGACUGAUUAUGAUUUUCCGUACCAAGCGGCUCGAAUACUGCGGAAUAGGUUCAAGUUGAGCGCGAGCCGCGAUGUGAUUAGAGUUUGUGUCCGAGUCCGAACGGGACUGGGUGGUCUGGGAAUUCCCGAGUGCUUUAAAUCAGGCCCAGGUCCCCGCUCACUUUCAGCAUGAACCAAAUGAAAAGGAAAACACUCGUUCCUCCAAGGGCAGACUUCUGU